AUAUUCGGUUCGUUAUAUUAACAAAGAAAAUAGUUUCAUACAAGGCUUAUACGAAUCUUGGUCCUUGACAUGCUUUCAAAUUUUAAAACAUAGUUGUUUUGAAAUAAUUGAAGUUAAUUUCUAACUUGUUUCACACAUCUGAAAUCUGUCGCAAAUACCGAGUCAGUUUUUUCUAGCUUCAAAGUGACUGUGAAAAUGGGAGUCUACAUAUAUCAAAUGCGCCCGGUGCUGUUCCUUUUUUACAUGAUUGAAACAAUGGUCAACAUGUUCGUGAUCCUCUUGCAUCUGAAAGGAUGGACUUGGAUCGACAACUUAGGACACCACUUGUAUCUGGUUUUCUGUUACAUAUUUACGGUGCUGACACUCUUUGCCUCCAUAAACCUGUGCACCGGAAACCAUACUUCGAUCGUCGAGGAGGUAGUUCGUCCGCUUGCCGGAUUCAUCGUCUACACGAUCUGCUCAUUGAUGAUACUGCGCGAUGCCGAGUCGGACUUCUACAUUCUGUACGCCGACGAAAAGCCGGAGGAUCUGAUCCUACCGGAGAAGCCACUGCAUCCGUACUUUCAGUAUUUGCGCGCCCAGGCGACUUCCUGUUUGGUGGCCAGUCUGAUCUAUCUGCUGCACUGCCUCAUCGCCGUGGAUGUCCUGCUGUCGAACGAGGACUCGGAUGACGAGCGGGAGACUUCCGACACCUCCGACGAACUUGCCGACGAGUUGGAUUACGUGCCGGUGCGUCUGUACGUCCUCGGGGGAACGGUUCAGCACUGGCUGGAACAGUUCGAGUGGUUCCAGGACUUCACCACCAGUGGAAUUAAAGUAAUAUGAUCUUUUGAAACAUCUAGAAGCUCGCAAAGCUCAGAAAUAAAAAAUCAACUAAGAGGUUAUCACAGUCUUAACUAUUUCGUUGGGUUAUUAAA